AUGAGAUAUAGUCAAUGCUUUCGAGGAAGUUUUUUUGUCGACUGCUUUGGAAUUACACGUGAUCCAGCUGAUCCAAUUGGUUGCUAUAUGUUCGUAAUGGAGAUUGGUGAAGAAAAUUUAUAUCAAUACAUUGAUAGAGUUAGAGGAUAUAUUCGCUGGGGAGAGAUUGUUGAAAUUCUUCGUGAAAUUGUUGGAGGUCUUAGACGAAUUCAUAAUAAUGGACUUUAUCAUGGCAAUCUUCACGGUGGAAACUUGUUAAUUGAAAAUAGGCCUGGAAGUGAAUUAUACGAAGAUCAAAUAUUUGUAACAUCAUAUUUUGAAGGAAAUGCUUGUUAUCGUAAUUUUGCUCAUUAA